UCUCGGGAAUGUCAAAGAAGGUUAAAUCCAAAUAUGAAAGAAGUAGUUAGAGAAGAGGUCAUAAAAUUGUUAGACGUAGGUAUCAUUUACCCUAUUUCUGAUAGUCAAUGGGUUAAAAAUGCUUUUGUCUUUGAUAAUAAUUGCCAUGUUGCCUUUGAAAAAUUAAAAAAUUUGUUGACUACUGCACCCAUUAUCCGACCUCCUGAUUGGAAAAUACCUUUUGAAAUAAUGUGUGAUACUUCUGAUUAUGCUAUAGGUGCUGUCUUAGGACAAAGACUUGAAAAAAUACCUCAUGUAAUUUACUAUGCUAAAUUCGACUUAGAAAUACGUGAUAAAAAAGGAUCUGAAAAUGUUGUUGCUGAUCAUUUAUCUAGACUAGUUGUUGAAACUAUACAUGAUCCCACUCCUAUCACUGAAACUUUUCCUGAUGAACAAUUGAUGUAUAUUUCUUCAUUGCCUUGGUAUGCUGAUAUUGUUAAUUAUUUGGUCACUAAAGAAAUACCAUCUCAUUGGUCUAAGCAUGAUAAAUCUAAAUUUUAUUCUGAGGUGAAAAACUUUAUUUGGGAUGAUCCUUACUUGUUUAAAUACUGCCCUGAUCAAAUAAUUAGAAGAUGCAUUCCAAACUGUGAUCAAUCUAAAAUCAUAUCUUUUUGUCAUGAUCAUGCAUGUGGAGGACAUUUUAGUGUUGAUUAUGUGUCUAAAUGGGUUGAAGCUAUUGCAUGCCACACUAAUGACCACAAAGCUGUGCUUCGGUUUUUAAAAGAAAAUAUAUUUUCCCGUUUUGGUUCACCACGUGCUAUAAUUAGUGAUAACGGUACAUACUUUUGUAAUAAGUCAUUUGAACAUUUGAUGAAACAAUAUGGCAUUACACAUAAAGUCUCAACACUAUAUCACCCACAAACUAGUGGUCAAGUUGAAGUGUCUAAUAGGGAAGUUAAGCACAUUUUAGAAAAAACUGUGAAUGUUUUUCCACAUGGAGCUAUUGAAAUUGAAAAUCCUAAAAAUAGU